AUGGGUAAAGACUGGCGUUUUGGGCGAAAAGCUAGGUGUAAGUUAAGUGCACCUAGGUUAAAAAAACAUCGAUUGAACAAUUUACAAUCAAAACUGAAAAAAAGUGAUAUAGAUCAAAGCUGCGAUGAUCAGGAAAAAACACAACUAGUGUCCGAAAAUGUUUUGAUAGAUGAUAUUAUGAAGAAUAUAGAACUUACUACUGAAACUAGGCAAUAUAUUGUUAUUUUAUUUAGGGCUAAUGAAGAAUUUGUUAUGACUGAUGAAAUGUAUGAAUGCAUGCCUUCUACAUCUACUCCAAAAGAAAAUAAUUUUAAAAACAAAUUGACUAAUGAUUAUUCGUCAAUCUGUCAUUAUAAUGAUUUCGAACUUUCAAAUAAACCCGAUAGUUCCCUAAAUAAUACUCGUAAUAUGCUAUUGAAUGAUAACACCGAACCUUCAGGCAGACGACUCGUUGACAUCGGUUAUUUUUUUAAUGAAAUAAAAAACAUAAAACAUGAAGCAUUUCAUUGCACUUUCUCAAAUUUGAAAUUUGAACAAGAAAUAAGACACGGUUUCCAGAGUACAUUUAUUUUAAAAUGUGAAGUUUGUGGAUUAAAAGAAAAAAUAUUUACAGAAAAUCCAGAAAAUCCGAAAAAUUUAGACGUUAAUAUGGCAUUUACGACGGGUGUGAUUAAUACUGGUCAAGGCUUUACGCAACUUCAAGAAUUAUCAUCCGUAUUAAACAUGCCAUGCAUGGCUAAUAAAUUAUAUCAAAAAUGUCACAAUAAAAUAAGUGAUUCUAUGUAUGAAGUAGCGUUUGAAGAAAUGAAGGCUGCAGGAGUAGAAGAGGCUAAGAAUGCUCUAGAAAAAGGUGAAGUGGACGAACUAGGAAGACCAUGUAUUACUGUAGUUGCUGACGGAGCUUGGUCAAAGCGCUCAUAUAAGACCAACUAUAAUGCGUUAUCAGGUGUCGCUACUAUAAUAGGUUACUAUACUAAAAAAGUAUUAUUCAUGGGAGUAAGAAAUAAAUACUGUGUAAUUUGUGAAAUUGCAUUAAAAUCUGGGAAACCAAUUCGUUCUCAUACUUGUUAUAAAAAUUGGUCAGGUACAUCUACAUCCAUGGAGUCGGAUAUUAUUGUGGAAGGCUUUAAAGAAAGUAUCACAAUGCAUAAUUUAAUUUAUGCUAAAUUAAUCGGUGACGGUGAUAGUAGCGUCACCAAAAAACUGCAUAUAGCAAAACCAUAUGGCCCAAACUUUAAAGUUGUUAAAAUUGAAUGUACAAACCAUAUAAUGAGAAAUUAUAUAAAUCGUUUACGAGAAAUGACUACGAAACGUAAGAGUAGUGAAGGCCAUAUUGUACCUGGAAGUCUUAGACAAAUUUUAAAGGACCGAUUGAGAAAAUUAAGGAGUGGUGUGACCAUGGCCAUCCAGUAUCGUAUGGAACAAAAUUAUACUCAUAAUGAGAAAGUAAAUUUUCUCAAAAAGGAUAUAAUGAAUGGUCCAUAUCAUGUUUUUGGCUUACAUACAAACUGUAAUAAAUAUUUUUGCAAAAAAAAAAACAAUGAAAUCAAUUAUGUACCUGAUAUGCAAUUAUGUGGUUUGUUCAGUGAUAUUAUGUCAGCGUUGCAUUUAUUGGCUCAUCAUUCUUCGUCUUUAAUUUACGGUGUAAAUAAUAAUUGUGUUGAAGGGUACAAUAGUUUAGUCGCCAAAUUUGUCGGUGGGAAACGUAUAAAUUUUUCACUGAAAGGUUCCUAUCAAACCCGUUGUAGUGCGGCGGUUAUUUCACAAAAUGCAGGACCCUUAUUAAUACGCAAUUUACACAAAAAAAUUACGAACUACAGCCCCGGAAAAUUCACCAAAUCAUUUAUAGAUAAAAAAUUAAGAACAAUUAGUCUUAGACGCAAAGCCACUGUUAAACGACUUUUUAAAAGUAGAAGUAAAGUUACUAAAUUUAGUGGUCCUGAUAAAGAUUAUGGUGAUAUUGAUACAGAACUAGAGUGUGAUCAAUUGAACUUGGAUCCUCAAGAAUUUGAAAAUAAAAAAAUUGAAUUUCUUGAAAAAUUGAAAAAAACUAAAGACCAAAUUUUGCAGAUAGCAAAAGCUACAACAGGUCAAUUUCAAUGUCAAGAGUGGUUAAAAGAGAGGCAAAUACGUCUAACGGCAUCAAACUUUGGGAAAAUAUGUAAACUACGUCCUAAUACCAGUAGAAACAAUAUUUUAGUAUCUUUGUUGUACACUAAAUUUGAAGGUAAUGAGUCAACUAAAUAUGGUAUUCAACACGAACCGUUUGCUAUUUCCGAGUUUGAAAAUAUUAUGAAAAUAAAAAUUCACCCAGCUGGGCUUUUUAUAGAUCCAGAAUUUCAAUUUUUAGCGGCGAGUCCAGAUGGACUCAUUGAUACAGAUGCCUUAGUUGAAAUUAAGUGCCCGUCAUCGAUAUCUCAGAUGACGCCCACCGAAGCUAUUGAAAAUGGAACCAUAAAAUGGGCAUGUUUGAAAAAUGGAGAAUUAUUUCUCAAAGAAAACCAUAAUUAUUUUUAUCAGGUUCAAGGCCAGCUGCAUAUAGCACAAAAGCUGUAUGGAUAUUUUGUAAUUUGGUCUCCAAAAGGUUUGCUAUUCCAAAAAAUAAAAAAAGAUGAUUCAUUUUUUAAAAAUAAAAUGGAAUCUUUUCUCUCUGUAUUUUAUUAUAAUCAUAUGCUUCCGGAAAUUUUAAACCCAAAAUUAAUUGACAAGAAAAGAAUAAUUGUUCAUAAAUUCAACAGAUAUGUAUAA